AUGGAAGGUCUUGAGAUCAUCCAAGCCUUUUUCAUCUUGUCUCUUGCAUCGUCUUUGGCCUUUGCCUUUGCCUCUGAUCCUAGUCCUCUUCAGGAUUUCUGUGAAGCUGACCCCAACGGUUCUGUUUCUGUCAAUGGGAAAGUCUGCAAAGGCGCCAAGCUAGCCAGAGUAGUGGCCUUUGCUAGUCUGAACAGCCAAAACCCAGGGGUGAUCACCGUUUCUAAUGCAGUCUUCGGCUCAAACCCUCCCAUCAAUGCUCAUAUUCUGGCCAAGGCUUUCCAUCUCGACAGGAAAACGGUGAAGAAUCUUCAGUUCAAUUCCUGA